ACAUGCAUGCUGAAUGUACCAUACAGCAAGGUUACCCACCGUAGCCCCCCCUUUCACUUCGGAUUAAUCAGAAUGAGGCAUGAGAAACCCUCAGCAUAUAAAUGACAGACACCGAGAGCCACUGAUCUCCGGCGUCCUGAGGGGCCCCUGAGCUCGAGCAACAUUGAGCUGAUUAAUAUGUAAACAAAUCCAUUAAAGUCCACGCAUGUGCUCUUAAUUGCGGGACACUUCUGUUAAGUCUCGUCUCAUGCAGUGGCUACACACGCGUGAGGAGAAUGGGCGUGAGUUGUCCCUCGAAAGGGAGCCCAGAGACUCUUGCUGUUUGAGCACCAGCGAUCUGAGCGCUCAGUUUAGAGAGUGCGCGAGACGGAGAGCAGAUACCAGCGGAAUGGAGCGCACAGGUAGGUCGUGAUUUACCUCUUUUAUGAUAAGAAACGCCUGCAAAGUGAUUUUCUCACUACGAUUAUCAACUAUAAAGAAAGGGAAUAACACUGUAGUUGCAUUUCCCAUAGACGCUAUAAUUUGUAGUGCUUGAAGAGACACACUACAGUUGCAGAAAUUGUUGAUCAGUAACAGACGAACAGAAAUGGAUUCUGAUAUCAAAACGAUUUUUAGGUUUUUUUGUGUUGCAAACAGAGAAAGUCUUUGAUUUUACGCGUGUUGGUUCUUUUACGCACGGAGAUUAUAGUCCAGUUUAAUGGCUUAGAUGAUCAAGAUUCAUUUUUUUUUCAUCCUGUCUAAUAUUGAGUUAUCUUUUCCACUCCUAAAUAUCAGGUUUUACACCAACACUCGUCUAAGCGCUCUCCCCAAAUCAACUAAGACGCACAAGAGGGAGGGGAGUCACAGCCGGAGAGAGUCUGAGAGCGUCUGUGUGUCAGAGACUGUUUGAGAGAGUGAGAGAGCACCGCAGAUACAGGACGAGAGAGAGAGGGAGAGAGAGAGGGGGGAAGAGAGAAAGGACUAAGCCUGGACCAGGUGAUCGAGUACUAACAAACCUCCAAGGGGCUGCCGGGUUCUAUCAGUGUGCACGGGAUCAGCGAUCCAAACCAUGGUGCCCGCGCGCUGCCCGGGACCCUGCGCCAUGCUGGCGCUGUCCCUCCUCUUGGGAUGCGGCGUGGUGGUCUGCCUCGGCCAAAACGACACAGAGCCCAUCGUCCUAGAGGGGAAGUGUCUCGUGGUGUGCGACUCGAAUCCUUCUUCGGACGGAGCGGUCACCUCCUCGCUUGGCAUUUCGGUGCGCUCCGCUGGGGCAAAGGUGGCUUUCUCCGCCGUGCGUGGAACCAACCACGAGCCGUCAGAGAUGAGCAACACGUCCAUGACCAUCUACUUUGACCAGGUCAGAUCUCCACUGAGUUUAUCUCUGUAAAAGUGCAGAAAAAGUCGCAUAUUGAUCAGAUUUUGACUUAUUCAGUAGCUCUAUGGCUGUUUCCCCCCUUUUCUCUCCACAACAUAUUCCAUCUUUGGGCCGUAGGCAAAAAGAACUUGUUUGAGGUCAUGUUUCAUCGAUUUCCUAUCAUUGCUCGCACCCUAUGUGAGCUGAUGCCUGUCUAUAUCUCUUCUGGAACACACUGAUAUUUUCUUUCACCAUGGAAGGGCUUCGUAUAACGCUGUGCGUAAUUGGCGCGAUGCAUAGAUGCACUGCCAAAACCAAUAAUCGUCCAUGCGGGAUCAUCUAACAUAUGCGUCUCAGGCCUCGGCCGAACUGACAUGUGCAUUGUAUUGCUUUUGCUCGGAUGAUCUAAUAAGUUUUCACGGCUGAGGUCUUUGCACAGCGGCCUGUGAAACGCAUCAAAUUGGGAAGGAUCCCAAAGUGCGAGUGAAGUGCAGCCAAAAGAUUUGGCGUAACCGAGCCACAGGAUGAAUGAUACGCCUCUAUGUAGUCACUGUGUAUGGCAAAGACAAACAAUGCAUUACUACAGGAAUAGCUGUUAUUUCGAGUAGAAAAUAAUUGACUGAAAACUGAUUGUGCGCCUUUCUUGGUCACAGGUUUUAGUGAACAUCGGCAACCAUUUCGAUCUCAAAGCGAGUGUGUUCCAGGCUCCAAGGAGGGGGAUUUAUAGUUUCAGUUUUCAUGUUGUGAAGGUCUACAACAGACAAACUAUACAGGUAAGAAAAAUAGUGAAAAAGCUCCAGUUGGAAGACGAUUUUCCAGGGAUGAGACUGAACUCACAGGCUGUAUCUCCCCUCUCCUGCAGGUGAACCUGAUGCAGAACGAUUAUCCGGUUAUAUCAGCUUUCGCUGGCGACCAGGACGUUACGAGAGAGGCGGCCAGUAACGGAGUACUGCUGAUGGUGGAACGAGAGGACCGCGUCUAUCUGAAGCUGGAACGGGGUACCCUCAUGGGCGGAUGGAAAUACUCCACCUUCUCAGGCUUUCUAGUCUUUCCUCUAUAAUCUAAUCUGCGAUGAUCCACGUCGCACUCUUCGGACUCUUCUUCUAGGUCGAGGAACAAAAAAGAAAAACAACAACAGCAACAUGCCAUUUAUUUUUAACUUAAUUAAAACUGUCAGCCAAGGAAGCCGACGAAUAUCUGUAUACCUACACUCGUCCACUAUCUAGUCAAUUAUGAACGUUUCCUUGGAGUUCCAUAUAUUCAAAUCCAUCAGUCAACUUUACGCAAUCUGGAUGAUUCAACGUAUUGAUCGGCCAGUGGCGCGUGCUUGUCGGGUAUGUGGAUUUUUUCUUGCUUGGAAAACAAACUUUGCCAAUAGACAAAGGGGUGUAUCUUGGCAAAAAAAGGACACGGGAAAGAAAAAGAGAGGAGGAACUGAAGUCCCAGACAGGCCGACUGUGUUAUGCUCUAUUUUAUGUUUGUAUAGCCUUAAAGAAUUUAUGGUUUCCGUCCAAGUGAAGUAUAUGGAAUAAUGGACAACCAGAGAAGAAGUGCUCUCACGCCCAAGGCAUUUUUUUGCACGAGUGGAAGUUUUUACUUUAUGUUUUUUGUGCUGUCAAUGGUGUUGCGUUUGGAUGCUGAACAUAUUGAAAAUAAGCCAAAUGUAGGCCGAAGAUGAGUUUAUUAAAAAGAGAAAAAAGGCGACAUAUUUCAGCCACCGGAGACGACUUAGAGCCUUUUUAUUAAAAAGAUUAUUCUAUCAUUUAUAAAGUACAUAUUCACAUUAUUGUGUGUUCGACAUUUCGGAAUCUGCGUAGCUUUGACUGAUUUAAUGUUCAGUGACGUUGCUCACCAAAUGUACAUUGUGGAAAUAAUAGAAGAAUCCCUAUAUGUCCCGCUUAAUAAAAGAUAUUGUAUUGUAUAGGCUAAGA